AUGGGCAAAAGGGAAUUUCUUUCUUUCUUUAUUCCUUGCUAUAUUUCAUUCUUAGAAUGGUCUUUCUUUUUCCUUUCUUUCUUUCUUUCUUUCUUUCUUGCUUUCUUUUCUUUCUUUCUGAUUUUCUUUCUCUCUUUCGUUCUUUUUCACUCUCUCUUUAUUUCUAUUUUUUCUUGCUUCAUUUCUUUCUCUCUUUCUUUUUUCUUUCUUUCAUUUUUCUUUCUUUCUUUUCUCUCUCUUUGUUUCUUUCUUUCAUUUAUCCAGGCUUCUUUCCUUUCUUUUGUCUUUCUUUUUGCUUUUUGCUUCCUUUCUUUCCUUUUUUUACUCCUUGCAAUGGUCAUUUUUUCUUUCACUUCUUUCUUUUUCUUUCUUAAGAUGGUCUUUCUUUCUUUCUUUCUUUCUUUCUUUCUUUUCUCUCGUUCUCUCUUUCUUUCUUUUCUCUCUCUCUUUCUUUAUUUAUUCAUUUAUUUCUUUCUCUCUUUUUUCUUUCUUUCUUUUUCUCUCUUUCUUUUUUGCUUUCUUUCAUUUAUUCGCGCUUCUUUUCUCUCUUUCUUUCUUUCUUUUCUCUCUUUCUUUCUUUCUUUCUUUAUUCAUUUCUUUCUUUCUUUUUCUCUCUUUCUUUUUUGCUUUCUUUCAUUUAUUCGCGUUUCUUUCUUUCUUUCUUUCUUUCUUUCUUUCUUUCUUUCAGCUCUUUUCCACAUACUUCAUUGCUGCAAGUUUCUCGCCAUUCUGCUUCAGACUGAGCGUGGCAUCCGAAAGCCCGACCUUGUGAUUCCGACCAAGAAGGAAAUCAUUGUCAUGGAUGUACAGAUACGACCUGACUCUGUCGUUUGCACUCGGGAUGCAUGCAACAGGGAAAAGAUCACGAAGUACAACCAGCCUUACGUUCUUGACGCGAUCCGAGAGCGAUUCGGACACGACCUGCCCAUCGAGGUCAUUGCCCUCACAUACAAAUGGCGUGAAGCGGCUGCCCAACAGUCGUAA